AUGCCCGACGUGGCCUGCCAGCCUGCUCCUGCCUCCUACCUCGCCCAGGCCGUCGCUAAUGCGGGUUGCCCCAAGGGGCGCACUUCGGUGAAGAAGGCCGCCUCUCAGGCGCUGAUGGACUCGAAUCUCCCGAGGCUACAGCUCGAACUCUAUAAGGAAAUCAAAAAGAACGGGGCUCCCCGGAGCCUGCGCGCUGCCCUGUGGAGGUUUGCUGAGCUGGCUCACCUGGUGCGGCCUCAGAAGUGCAGGUGGGUGCUGCGCGCCGGCUCGUCGCGCUGUUCGUUGUGCUUCUCAGAAGCCCUGCGGGACUCUGUCGUUCUAUUAAAGGCUUUCAUAGCGAAUCUGAAGUCCAGUUCGCCUACCAUCCGGCGCACGGCAGCCGGCUCUGCCGUGAGCAUCUGCCAGCACUCCCGGAGGACGCAGUACUUCUACAGCUGGCUGCUCAGCGUGCUCUUGGGUUUGCUGGUUCCUGUUGAGGACGAACACUCUACGGUCCUGAUUCUCGGGGUGCUGCUCACGUUGAGGUAUCUGGUGCCCCUGCUGCAGCAGCAGGUCAAGGACACGAGCCUGAAGGGCAGCUUCGGGGUGACACGGAAGGAAAUGGAAGUCUCUCCCUCGACAGAGCAGCUCCUCCAGCCCGGCGGCGUGUGCGCGGCACGCACGGCCUUGGCCUUUACCCACGGCGUUGACAGCCGAGAGGGUGUGACUGGAGGCCUCAUCGCUGCCCCGUUUGGACCCGGAGGGGGUUCUUCAUGCAGCCCUGUCCUUUCAAGAAAACAAAAAGGGAAAGUGCUCUUCGGAGAGGCGGCCGCCUUGGAGGACGACUCCGAGUCCAGGUCGGAGGGCAGCAGCCCCGCCUUCGCAGUCAAGGGGGAGGUUGAUGGCGAGCUAGCGGCCCCAUCCGGGCUCCCUGCCCCCGGCUCAGCCGCCGACUCCGUGGGGCACGACAUCAUCACCGAGCAGCCCCGCUCCCAGCACACGCUGCAGCCGGACCCGGUGGGUCUGACCGGCUGUGACUUGGCCGGCGCAGCCACCGACGGGGACGAGGAGGACCUCCUGAGCCACAGCUCCAGCCAGAUCAGCGCCGUCCCGUCCGACCCAGCCAUGGACCUGAACGAUGGCACCCAGGCCUCCUCCCCGGUCAGCGACAGCUCCCAGACCACCACCGAAGGGCCUGACUCAGCUGUGACCCCUUCGGACAGCUCCGAAAUUGUGUUAGAUGGUACCGACAGCCAGUGCGCGGGGAUGCAGGUCGGCCAGCUGCAGGACGAGGACCAGGAGGCGGCCGGCGUCCUUCCGGAGGAAGACACAGGCGCGUUCCGAAACCCUGCCGCGGCCCUUCAGCAAGCACAUUUACUGAAAAGCGUGGGCCGUAGCCGGCGGCCCUCUGACAGCAGCGUGGACACAUUUGUCUCAAGAGAUGAAGCUGCCGAAGUAGAUCAAGAAAGCAAGGUGAGCUGUGGAGGCCCGAGACCACUCAGCACCGGAGCGCACCCUUGCCGAGUCAGAGGCGACAUAGGCCAGUCCACCGAUGACGAUUCUGCUCCCCUCGUCCAUUGUGUCCGCCUGCUGUCGGCUUCCUUUUUGCUGACGGGAGAAAAAAAUGUGCUGGUUCCGGACAGGGACGUGAGGGUCAGCGUGAAGGCACUGGCGCUCAGCUGUGUGGGGGCCGCUGUGGCCCUUCAUCCCGAGUCUUUCUUCAGCAAACUUUACAAAGCACCUCUUGACGCUGUGGAGGACCCUGAGGAGCAGUACGUGUCCGACAUCCUGAACUACAUUGGCCACGGGGACCCCCAGGUCCGAGGCGCCACGGCCGUCCUCGUCGGCGCCCUCGUCUCCUCCGUUCUCAGCAAGUCCCACUUCCAGGUGGCAGACUGGCUGGGCGCCGUGAGAGCUCUGACCGGAAACACAUUUUCUCUGGCGGACUGCAUUCCUUUGCUGCGGAAAACUCUGAAGGAUGAGUCUUCUGUUACUUGCAAGUUGGCCUGCACAGCCGUGAGGCACUGUGUCAUGAGUCUGUGCAGCAGCGGCUCCAGCGACCUGGGGCUGCAGCUGAUCACCGAUGUGCUGAGCCUCAGGGACAGCGCCUACUGGCUGGUGAGGACAGAGCUCUUGGAAACGCUCGCAGAGAUUGACUUUCGGUUGGUGAGCUUUUUGGAGGCAAAAGCCGAAAACCUGCACAGAGGGGCCCAUCAUUACACCGGGCUUUUAAAACUGCAAGAUCGAGUGCUCAAUAAUGUCGUCAUCUAUUUGCUUGGGGACGAAGACCCCAGGGUGCGACACGUCGCCGCGGCUGCACUGAUGAGGCUUGUCCCGAAGCUGUUUUAUAAAUGUGACCAAGGACAGGCUGACCCAGUAGUGGCCGUGGCAAGAGAUCAAAGCAGCGUUUACCUGAAACCCCUCAUGCACGAGACUCCGCCUCCGUCCCGCUUCUCCGUCAGCACCAUCACCAGGAUAUACAGGGGCUAUAACCUACUGCCGAGCAUGACAGAUGUCACUGUGGAAAAUAACCUCUCGAGAGUCAUCGCGGCAGUUUCCCACGAGCUGGUCACGUCGACCACGCGAGCGCUCACCUUCGGGUGCUGCGAGGCCUUGUGUCUUCUCUCCGCCGCCUUUCCGGUCUGCGUGUGGAGUCUGGGCUGGCAUUGCGGGGCGCCCCCGCUGAGCGCGUCCGAUGAGUCUCGGAAGAGCUGCACCGUCGGCAUGGCCACGGUGGUCCUCACCUUGCUGUCGUCAGCUUGGUUCCCGCUGGACCUCUCUGCGCACCAGGACGCCCUGGUGCUGGCCGGAAACUUGCUUGCAGCCAGCGCCCCCAGAUCUCUGAGGGGCUCGUGCGCCUCUGAGGAGGAGGCCAAGCAGGAGGAGGUGUGGCCGGCUCUGGGGGACCGGACCCUGGUGCCCAUGGUGGAGCAGCUCUUCUCGCACCUGCUGAAGGUGGUCAACAUCUGCGCCCACGUGCUGGACGACGUGGCUCCCGGGCCGGCCAUCAAGGCAGCCUUGCCGUCCCUAACGACCCCGCCUUCUCUGAGUCCGAUCCGCCGGAAGGGAAAGGAGAAAGAGCCAGGAGAGCAGGCCUCUGCGCCCUUGAGCCCCAAGAAAGGCAGCGAAGCCAGUCCAGCCUCUCGGCAGCCCGACACCUCAGGGCCUGUGACAGCAAGUAAAUCCUCGUCCCUGGGGAGCUUCUAUCACCUCCCUUCAUACCUCAAGUUGCACGAUGUGCUGAAAGCCACUCACGCUAACUACAAGGUCACCUUGGACCUCCAGAACAGCGGUGAGAAGUUUGGGGGCUUCCUGCGCGCCGCCCUGGACGUUCUCUCGCAGAUCCUCGAGUUGGCAACGCUGCAGGACAUCGGGAAGUGUGUCGAGGAGAUCCUGGGGUACCUGAAGUCCUGUUUCAGCCGAGAGCCCGUGAUGGCGACCGUUUGUGUUCAGCAGUUGUUGAAGACUCUCUUCGGGACCAACCUGGCCUCCCAGUUUGACGGCGUGUCCUCCAACCCCAGCAAGUGGCAAGGCCACGCGCAGCGCCUGGGCUCCUCCAGCGUGAGGCCGGGCUUGUACCACUGUUGCUUCAUGGCGCCCUACACCCACUUCACCCAGGCCCUAGCCGACGCCAGCCUGAGGAACAUGGUGCAGGCCGAGCAAGACCACGACCCCUCAGGGUGGUUUGACGUGCUUCAGAAAGUGUCUACCCAGUUGAAGACAAACCUCACGGGCACCACCAAGAACCGUGCAGAUAAGAACGCGAUUCACAAUCACAUCCGUUUGUUUGAGCCUCUUGUGAUAAAAGCUCUGAAGCAGUACACGACCACCACGUCUGUGCAGCUGCAGAGGCAGGUCCUGGAUCUGCUGGCGCAGCUGGUUCAGCUGCGGGUCAAUUACUGUCUUCUGGAUUCAGACCAGGUGUUUAUUGGAUUUGUGCUGAAGCAGUUCGAGUACAUUGAAGUGGGCCAGUUCAGGGAAUCAGAGGCAAUUAUUCCAAACGUCUUUUUCUUCCUGGUAUUACUGUCUUACGAGCGCUAUCAUUCAAAACAGAUCAUCGGGAUCCCCAAAAUCAUCCAGCUCUGUGAUGGCAUCAUGGCCAGCGGCAGGAAGGCUGCGACGCACGCCAUACCGGCGCUGCAGCCGAUCGUCCACGACCUGUUCGUGCUGAGAGGAGCCAACAAAGCCGAUGCAGGGAAAGAGCUUGAGACCCAGAAAGAGGUGGUGGUGUCCAUGCUGCUGAGGCUCGUCCAGUACCAUCAGGUGCUGGAGAUGCUCAUCCUGGUCCUGCAGCAGUGCCACAAGGAGAGUGAGGACAAGUGGAGGCGGCUGUCCCGGCAGAUCGCCGACGUCAUCCUCCCGAUGCUCGCCAAGCAGCAGAUGCACAUUGAUUCCCACGAAGCCCUUGGCGUCUUAAAUACUUUAUUUGAGAUUCUGGCCCCUUCUUCCCUCCGUCCCGUGGACAUGCUUUUACGGAGUAUGUUCGUCACUCCAGACACGAUGGCACCUGUGAGCACUGUCCAGCUGUGGAUAUCAGGAGUCCUGGCCAUUUUGAGGGUUCUCAUUUCCCAGUCCACCGAAGACAUAGUUCUUUCUCGUAUUCAGGAGCUCUCCUUCUCUCCAUAUUUAAUCUCCUGUCCGAUAAUUAACAGGCUAAGAGAGGGGGACAGUACUUCGACACCAGAGGAACACAGUGAAGGGAGACACGUGAAGAGCUUGCCAGAGGAAACAUUUUCAAGGUUUCUGCUACAACUGGUUGGCAUUCUUUUGGAGGAUAUUGUUACCAAGCAGCUCAAAGUGGACAUGAGUGAACAGCAGCAUACUUUCUAUUGCCAGGAGCUAGGCACGCUGCUGAUGUGUCUCAUCCACAUCUUCAAGUCGGGAAUGUUCCGGAGGAUCACGGCAGCCGCCUCCAGGCUCCUCACGCUGGACAGCAGCGAUGGCAGUUUCUACAGCCUGGAUGGGCUGAACGCGCACGUGCGUGCCAUGGUGCCCACGCACCCGGCCCUCGUGCUGCUCUGGUGCCAGAUCCUGCUGCUCGUCAGCCACACCGACCACCGCUGGUGGGCAGAGGUGCAGCAGACCCCCAGGAGACGUAGUCUGUCCAGUACGAAGUCCCUCGGCCCCCAGGUGUCCGGAGAGGAGGAGGACUCCGACGCGGCCUCCAAGCCCGGAAUGUGCAACAGAGAGAUAGUGCGGCGGGGGGCUCUCAUCCUCUUCUGCGAUUAUGUCUGUCAGAACCUACACGACUCAGAGCACUUAACGUGGCUCAUCGUGAAUCAUAUUCAGGACCUGAUCAAUCUGUCCCACGAGCCUCCUGUGCAGGAUUUCAUCAGCGCCGUUCAUCGGAACUCCGCCGCCAGCGGCCUCUUCAUCCAGGCAAUUCAGUCUCGUUGUGAGAACCUCUCAACCCCCAUCGCCCUCAAGAAGACGCUUCAGUGCCUGGAAGGGAUCCACCUCAGCCAGUCGGGCGCCGUGCUGACGCUGUACGUGGACAAGCUGCUCUGCACCCCGUUCCGGGUGCUGGCUCGCAUGGUCGACACGCUGGCCUGUCGCCGGGUGGAGAUGCUUUUGGCGGCAAAUUUACAGAGCAGCACGGCCCAGCUGCCAGUGGAGGAGCUAACCAGAAUCCAGGAAUACCUUCAGAGCAGUGGGCUGGCUCAGAGACACCAGAGGCUGUACUCCCUGCUGGACAGGCUCCGUCUCGCCACCGCACCGGGCUCCCGUGGCCCUUCUCCUCCGGUCACGUCCCACCCACUGGACGGGGAUGGGCCCCUGGCCCUGGAGACCAUCAUUCCGGACAAAGACUGGUACUUACGUCUAGUCAGAUCCCAGUGCUGGACUAGGUCAGAUUCUGCGCUGCUGGAAGGGGCCGAGCUGGUGAAUCGGAUUCCUCCCGCUGACAUGAGCACAUUCAUGAUGCACUCGGAAUUCAACUUAAGCCUGUUGGCGCCGUGCCUGGGCCUGGGCAUGCGCGAAGUCUCCGGAGGCCAGCGGAGUCCCCUUUUCGAAGCGGCUCGCCUGGCGACCCUGGACCGUGUGGCCGGCCUGACUCAGCAGCUCCCUGCCACCCACCAUGUUUUCCAGCCGCUCCGCCCUGCGGAGCCCACCGCCUACUGGAGCAGACUGGACGAUCUGUUUGGGGAUGCUGUGUUCUAUCGGUCCUUGACCACUCUGGCCCGGGCUCUGGCCCAGUACCUGCUGGUAUUCUCCAAACUGCCUGGCCACUUGCACCUUCCUCCUGAGAAGGAGAGGGACACGGUGAAGUUUGUGGUCAUGACCCUCGAGGCGCUGUCCUGGCACUUGAUCCACGAGCAGAUCCCGCUGAGUCUGGACCUGCAGGCGGGCCUGGACUGCUGCUGCCUGGCCCUGCGGCUGCCCGGCCUCUGGAGCGCGCUCUCCGCCCCCGAGAUGGCGACGCGCACCUGCUCCCUCAUCCACUGCGUCCGCUUCGUGCUGGAGGCCGUUGUGGUGCAGCCUGGGGACCAGCUCCUUAGUCCAGACAGAAGGAUAAACACCCCAAAGGCUGCCCGAGAGGAUGAAGUGGAUUCAAACACACAAAGCCCGGCGUACAUUGCCGCAGCCUGUGGGAUGGUGGCAGAGAUGGUGGAGGCCUUGCCGUCGGUGUUGGCCCUGGGCCACAAGAGGAACAGCAGCACCCCGGCGUUCCUCACGUCGGUGCUCAAGAACAUCAUCAUCAGCCUGGCUCGCUUGCCCCUGGUCAACAGCUACACGCGCGUCCCCCCACUGGUUUGGAAACUUGGGUGGUCGCCCAAGCCGGGAGGGGAGUUCGGUACAGUGUUUCCUGAGAUCCCGGUGGAGUUCCUGCAGGAGAAGGAGGUGUUUAAGGAGUUCAUCUACCGCGUCAACACGCUAGGGUGGACCAGCCGCACCCAGUUUGAGGAAACGUGGGCCACCCUCCUCGGUGUCCUGGUGACCCAGCCCCUCGUGAUGGAGCAGGAGGAGAGCCCACCGGAGGAAGACACGGAGAGGACCCAGAUCCACGUGCUGGCCGUGCAGGCCAUCACCUCCCUGGUGCUGAGCGCGAUGACCGUGCCCGUGGCCGGCAACCCGGCCGUGAGCUGCCUGGAGCAGCAGCCCCGGAACAAGCCCCUGAAGGCUCUCGACACCAGGUUUGGGAGGAAGCUGAGCGUCAUCAGAGGAAUUGUGGAGCAGGAGAUCCAAGCGAUGGUUUCCAAGAGAGAGAACGUCGCCACCCACCACUCGUACCAAGCGUGGGACCCCGUGCCCUCUCUCUCUCCAGCUACCACAGGUGCCCUCAUCAGCCAUGACAGGCUCCUGCUGCAGACCAACCCCGAGCGGGAGCUGGGCGACAUGGGCUACAAGCUGGGCCAGGUGUCCAUUCACUCCGUGUGGCUGGGGAACAGCAUCACGCCCCUGAGAGAGGAAGAGUGGGGGGAGGAGGAGGAGGAGGAGGCCGACGCCCCCGCGCCUGCGUCAGCACCCACAUCGCCGGUCAACUCCAGGAAGCACCGGGCGGGGGUCGAUAUCCACUCCUGUUCCCAGUUUUUGCUCGAAUUAUACAGUCGCUGGAUCCUGCCGUCAGGGUCAGCCAGGAGGACCCCCAUCAUCCUGAUCAGCGAGGUGGUCCGAUCCCUCCUAGUGGUCUCAGACCUGUUCACGGAGCGCGCCCAGUUUGAGAUGAUGUACGUGACGCUGACGGAGCUGCGGAGGACGCACCCUGCGGAGGACGAGAUUCUCAUUCAGUACCUGGUGCCGGCCACCUGCAAGGCGGCUGCGGUCCUCGGAAUGGACAAGGCAGUGGCCGAGCCCGUCAGCCGGCUGCUGGAGAGCACGCUGAGGAGCAGCCACCUGCCCAGCAAGAUCGGGGCCCUGCACGGCGCCCUCUACGUGCUGGAGUGCGACCUCCUGGAUGAGACCGCGAAGCAACUUGUCCCGGUCAUCAGCGACUACCUCCUGUCCAACCUCAAAGGGGCGGCCCACUGCGUGAACGUUCAUAGCCAACAGCACGUGCUGGUGAUGUGUGCCACUGCCUUCUACCUGAUCGAGAACUACCCCCUGGACGUGGGCCCAGAAUUCUCUGCGUCCAUAACACAGAUGUGUGGGGUGAUGCUGUCUGGGAGCGAGGAGUCCACUCCGUCCAUCAUUUACCACUGCGUCCUGCGGGGCCUGGAGCGCCUUCUGCUCUCCGAACAGCUGUGCCGGCUGGAGGCCGAGUCGCUGGUCAAGCUGAGCGUGGACAGAGUGAACGUGCACAGCCCGCACCGGGCCAUGGCGGCCCUGGGCCUGAUGCUCACCUGCAUGUACACAGGGAAGGAGAAGGUCAGUCCUGGCCGAACCUCAGACCCCAGCCCUGCCGCCCCAGACAGCGAGUCCGUGAUCGUGGCCAUGGAACGGGUGUCCGUUCUGUUCGACCGGGUCAGGAAAGGAUUCCCCUGUGAAGCCAGAGUGGUGGCCCGCAUCCUUCCUCAGUUUUUAGAUGACUUCUUCCCACCCCAAGAUGUCAUGAACAAAGUCAUUGGGGAGUUUCUGUCCAACCAGCAGCCAUACCCACAGUUCAUGGCCACCGUUGUGUACAAGGUUUUCCAGACUCUGCACGGCAGCGGGCAGUCGUCCAUGGUCCGGGACUGGGUCAUGCUGUCCCUCUCCAACUUCACACAGAGGAGCCCAGUGGCCAUGGCCGUGUGGAGCCUCUCUUGCUUCUUCGUCAGCGCCUCCACCAGCCCCUGGGUGUCUGCCAUCCUCCCCCACGUCAUCAGCAGGAUGGGCAAGCUGGAGCGCGUGGACGUGAACCUCUUCUGCCUGGUGGCCACGGACUUCUACAGACACCAGAUAGAGGAGGAGCUGGACCGCCGGGCCUUCCAGUCCGUGUUCGAGGUGGUCGCGGCCCCAGCAAACCCCUACCAACGACUGUUGACUUGUUUGCGGAACGUCCACAAGGUCGCCUCGUGCUGAGUGCCCACGUGCGGCGGCAUCAGCAGAGCCCGGGGCCUGCCCGCGCCGGCGUGGCUCCGCACACGGGCCCUGCUCAGUGGCGCCGUGGCCGGACAGACGGUGUUCGAAGGGCUCUCUGGUGGCGGGGCUGCGUGCGGGGAUCACAUGCGGCAGCGCGGGGCCAAACCCAGGUCCCCACGGGGAACAGGAGCGGCCGUGUCACUAACCCUCUGUGCUGCACUCGUGUCACACGCCAGCCGGCCAGGUGCCCCUUCCUGCCGCUGCCCAGCCUGCUCGCGGUUGCCGGGUUCCAGCUGCUCUUGCGUCUGGGACGAUGUCCUCCGGCCUGCAGGCUGGCAGCAGGUGGCGCCACCAGGCUCCCGAGUGUGCUCCCCGAAGCCCAGCCGGGGCCCGGGCCCCACCAGCGCCGGCGUGCAGGUGGGGGCCGUGCGGGUGGGGGCGGGGGCUCGGCACCCAGCGCCACGCUUCCCUUUCUCUGUUUUCUUCUCAGGAUUGAAAAUUUAAUUAUAUCAGCAAAGAGAUUAAUUUUAAGGUAACUUUCUAUGCCCGUGUAGAGUAUGUGCAUCACAAGCGUGUGCUGCAUGUGACCGCACCCGCGGGCCGCCCCGGCCGGUCCUGGUCCGUCCCCGUAACCGGCGGGCUCUCUGGCGCACUCAGCCCUUCCUCCCGCGUUCACUGCUGGCAAGAGUGCAGAGACGUUUGCUGCUCCGACAUCUGCCUCAUUCACACGGCCACACGCUGGGGACUGGAAAGUGCCCACUCAUAGAGCCCGUGCCCGCCCCCAGCGCCCUCGUCCUCAGCGCGGAUGGCUCCCAAGUCGCCAGUCGGCAGUGACGGACAGCUGUGCUGGCACUGAGCUGACAAGGCGGGCCCGCCCGGGUGCCGGCCCUCAUGGCCUCCAGCGCCUGUCCCUGAGCCGAGGGUGGGCUGCAGUCUGCCCGGGGCUGGCUGGCCGCUGCCGGGAUCUGCUUCCCGUGUGGCGCCUCUUGUGUUGUUAGGGCCCAGGCGUGUGAUGGAGUUAUAGUUGUCUGCAGCCCUAUUGGUCAAGAGCAACGCUUGGCUUCUUGGCAACCAUUAGGAAAGGCCCCAGCACCUCCUCGGCCCCUUUUCCAGCCCAGCACGUCUGCCAGGCCUCCUUCCAGCCCAGAAGGGCGCAUAUCCAUGGCCCCGGGGCCGUGGUGGGGCUCCCUGGGGGAAAGGGGCAGGAAGGAGACAGGGCUGACCGGCCCGUGGCCCCUCAGACCCAGGUCUCUGCACCAGCACGGUUUCCAGCCCCAAAGUAGCCAAAUCGUUCAGUGCAAACGAGGCCUGGACGUUUGGGUUGACCUUCGCUCAGGAGCUCAUGUGCCUGCAAGCGGGGCUGUGCCUGUCGGCCACCAGAGGCGGGCCAGCCCUGGGGUGACCACGUUGCUCUCAGUUUGGUCGUGAGUUUAAGCGCAGGCAGCGUUUCGGGUGUUUCACGGGGUAAGUAGAGAUCCCUUGGAAGCCGCUGUCUGGAGUCUGCAGAGGAGAAGGGGGAGGAGUUUCGGUAUGUGGUUAGCGACCCUCACGUCCGUCCGGGUGCGGGCCUGGCGUCCCACCACAGCACACGCGCCCCGCUGCCAGACUCACACCACGCUGCCUGGAGAGCCCCGCGCUCCCCCUGCCCCAGAGCUGCUGUCUCCGUCCUGCCCUCUUCUGCUGCGACAGUCUGGGGCUUCCCUCCAGCACCCACCGGGACCCCACCGAGUCAGGGCACGAGCGAUAGAAUUGGGUCACGUGUUCGAUGCUUAGGGCUGUAAGGGCACUUUCACAAGUCCGUGAGCCCUGCCCCCGCCCCCUCUGGGCUCUCGUUUCCCCUCCACCCUUCCCCAUAAGAAGUCUGCUGGAAUGGGUGUGCGCGCAGGGAGGGCCCAGAACCCGCUGGCUCCCACCCCCGUCGCCUCGGCGGCUCGGCCACGGGAGCACACAGGCCUGAUGCUGCUCUAGCUGAGGUUAUGUUUGUAGGAAGUGACGUGUGAAUGUGAAGGUUGGAGCCGUUCCCUUGGGACCCAUACCACUGGGCUCACCUGAAGUGUGAUUGGCCUUCCCUGGAUUGCCACGAGGCAGUCAGUUCUGAACGGGGGGCGGGGCCCCAGGGUCACCGUGUGCCCGGGGGGUGGGGAGGGCCAGUGAAUGCGUUCUUUUAGCCACGAGUGAGUGUGUGUGUGUGUGUGUGUGUGUGUGUGUGUGUGUGCGCGCGCCUGCCUAUGUGUAGAUCUGCAAUUCUGUGUAUAUCUUGACACACAAAUGCGCAAGGCUACCAAGAACAGCCGUGUAAAAGUUGGCAUUUCUUAGACGUGUCCCGUGGAGCUGGCUGCAUGGCGGAGGCGUCUAAGAGCAGUGUAAUCGCUUAUUAAAAUCCUGCUGAGGGUAGGGCCCACCUGGCCACUGCUCUGCACGGGAGUUAGGCCUUUGUCAGGUUCCUAGAAGCGGCAGUCACAUCCUCAAUCCAGAUUUUGUGGAAGAUACUAAUUUGGCAGGUUGGGGGGGUUGUUUUCUGCGGAUAAUAUCAGGAUGGACUUGAACAAAACCCGGGCAGAAUCGUCUGGCAGUGCACGUAAGCGUGUCUUCUCCAGAAACGUGCCUCCCUCCCCCAACGCGCUCCUGCCCUGCCACGUUCCUGUCAGCAAAUGGAUCCUUCGCGGAGGAAGAACAAGGCUGACCCCUCCAGACACCCAAAGGCAGCGUCCCAAGGCCUUGCCUCUGAGAGGCCCCGCGCACCCAGGCACCCCUCGUCUGCGGGCUGUCCCCUCCACGUCCCCAGGGCCAGGGCGGCUGCUCCCGGGGAGCCGUCGGGACGGACUCUGCUCAGCAGUAAUGACGCGUGACCACCUUGCAGGGCGCGCUCCCUUCUCCUGCAGCGGCUGCGGGGGCUCUGGGCUCGGGGAGGAGUGGGACCCAGUUCCUCUCGCUGCUGCGUGCCUCCAUGCUUUGGUUUUUGUCCUUCCCUCUGUGCUGAGUCCUCAAAGCCAUGGCUGUCAAUGUCAAGCGGGGGGGGAGGGAGCAGUUCUGUCCGUGGGGCGACGGGCAGGGGCAGGGGAGCGGUGUGAGAGCUGCCCACCUUGCUGGCCCGACACGGCGUCAGCGUGGAGUGGCCGACUCAGACGGUGGUCACUAGCGAAGGUGACCUGGAAGGGUCGGGGGUCCCUUUCCCCCAUGCACCUGUCACUUUUAAUGAAGUCGAAGGAGCCCCCUCCCCCCCAAGCACUUCUGGGAGCACCUGGCCCUGGACUGUCACUGCCGUUUCCUGGUGCGGACUGGGCGGCAGUCACCGGCCACCAGCGCUGCAGGACCGAGGCCUCGUGGGCCUCCUGCGGGUGGCUGGGCUCUGAAUAAAGUGGAGCCUCCUGUCCUUGCGCUCGUGGGCGUGAGCUCGUGACAGGCCGCCACUGCCAUCCCUGCACGCUGGGGGCCUGGCCCCAGCCUGACCGUCCACUCCCACGAGGAGACACAAGGACUGACAAGUGGCGUGUCUUUGAGUUUUUUAAACUACUGCGAACAUUGUGUAUCUGAAUUAAAGGGAAAUGACACCACA